AUGUUAACAAUCGGCGACUUCUCCACCGGCUGCCACGCUCAAGAGAUCUUCUUCGAUCUCAGCCGCGGGGAGGAAGCCGGUCACAACCUCCAGUCUGCGCAUCUCCACGUUGAACUCCCGCUCAAAGCCGCCCACAAGCACAAGAAGAAGACCGCCCACAGCAAGCACGCCCACAAGAAGACCCCACACCAUCACCUGCCGCACACCGCCGCCCUUCUUGAGGUCACGCUUGCCUUUCUGGACAACUCCACUGCCCCGCGGAAGAUGAUCAUAACUGAGGGGGAAGACGCUGUGUUUGACGUCACAUCUGAAGCCCAAGCGUGGAGUAACGGGAGCGGUCCUCGCGUCGCCGUCACAGUCCGGCCUCUCACUGACGUUUCCAACAUUUUUGCCGACACCGAGCACCUCCGGGAGGAAGUCGACUGCAGCAGCAUGAAAUGGGAAGCUUCCCUCAUGGUAGCCUGGGACGACACCUCGGCUUGCUCCUCCCAAGGGGAACUCUCCUACCCGCCGCAGGGCCUCCAGAAGGACGAGGAUGUGGAGGAGGAGGAGGAGGAGGAAGAAGAAGAAGAAGACGAAGUCUACGAGGAUUACUUCGGCUUGAACGAGUCUUCAGGGAGCCGCGUGCGAAGGGGUGCUCACGGCGCCAACAAGAAGGGCCGCGGGAAGAAGGCCUGCAAGCUGCGAUCCAUGUACGUCAACUUCAGGGAAAUCGGAUGGAACUCCUGGAUCAUCGCUCCUACGGGCUACGAGGCGGGCUCCUGCCACGGCCGCUGCACCUUCCCUAUCCAGUCGCACAACACCGCCACCAACCACGCCGUUGUGGCUGCCCUGCGUCGGGAGCUCCAGGGCAGAGGUCGAGGCCCCAGCUGCGUCCCCACCCGACUCGAGGCCAUCUCUCUGCUGUACUACGACGAGGCUAACAACGUCGUCCUCAAGCAGUACCCCGACAUGGUUGCCAAGAGCUGCGGGUGUCGCUAAGGCCGCCGGGAUGGCUUCGUCGCCGUCGUUACUCCAGUUAAAACAACUAUCAUCGUUAUUUCAAUUAUCUGCAUUAUCACCGUUAUUCCGCCUAUCGCCGUUAUCAUUACUAUUCCACUUACGUCCAUUAUCACCAUUAUUUCACUUAUCUGUAUCAUCAUCGUUAUUCCACUUACGUUCAUUAUCACUGAUGUCUUAUCUCCUUCAUUCAUUUCAUAUCACACCUUAUCACUUGCGAUUUUCCUUACUUAAGUCUUAGUCAUCUUCUUCUUCUUCUAUCUAUGAUACUUAUAUUUAUUCAUUUGUCUUUAUCUAUCCUUUCCUUUCUUGUUCUCUUUUCGCACCCUUUGGUUUUCUCUCCAUUGUGCUCAUCCACUUAA